AUGAUCAACGGCCGCAAGGAAAUGGAGACGUCAACGAAGGCAGCAACGACGACCAGAGAAUCCUCUCCGGCGUUAAGCACGUGGGGAAUUAUCAAAGAAUCCUCAAAACUCACAUGGAAGAACAAGAAACUCAUGUUCUCACUCACUCUCAUCAUGAUCCCUCCCUACACCAUUCUCGCCCUGUUCAACGACACCUUGGUCAAUCGCCUAAUGAAAGGCUUAGAUUCAAAUGCAUCCCCCUUCUGUCCAGAGCCGUGCGAUCCCUCCCUUCAAAAUACAUCUCUCGACCAAAUCGGAAAGAGCCUACGAAUCCUCGCCGCCCUAGAAUUUGGUUGCUUAUUCACAUACUGGGUCAUUACACUAGCCUUGAUGGUGACAACGAUAUACGUGACGGCCACGACCGUCGGGAUUGAUCUAACUGGCCACAAGAUACUGGCGAUGAGUAGACGGACACUAAAACAAUCGGCGAUCACAUGGUUAUAUGUCUUUCUCUUCUCCAUCUCUUACGUUGGUGGCAGCUUGUUGUUGAUGUGGGUUGUGGUACCGGGUGGCGGAGUAUUCAUCAGCUUCGCUAUGUUGAUGAGCCUUGUGUUUGUGUUAUUGUAUAUAUUCCUUAAUGCUGUUUGGAUGGUGAGUAUUGUGGUUUCUGUCGUAGAUGAGGAUUGUUAUGGAAUGGCGGCAUUGGCGGAAGCUGGAGAGAUUAUUAGGGGAAGAAGGAUUCAAGGGUUUGUUCUUAUGUUACUUGCAAUAGCACUCUCUGUAGCUUUUUUCAUGGCGAGCAGCUUCACCGCGACUACAGUUUUUCAAUUGAUGUUGCUUAGUCUAGCUUGUCCUUUGAAGCUCUUCACCUUUGUUUCGUUUACAGUGUUCUACUAUGAGUGUAGGAAGAUCCAUGGGAAGAAGGUGGUGGGUCAUGGGGGGGAUCCUAGGGCCCAAGAUUCACGUAUGAACAAGAACGAUGUGGAGGCAAACGGAUGA